AUGGAACGGCCACCGAGAAAUGACGUCACUGAUAAGGAGCAGUGGGCUGCGAGAGUGAUUCAGAGAACAUAUCGGGGAUAUCGAACGCGACGCGAGUUGCAAGGCUGUGGAAUAUCGGCGACCACGCGUUGGGUAGAGGCCGUGAAAGAAGCAGAAUGGCGCGUCCUCCAUCGUCCAUCCGCCCCAGAAGCUACCGUCGAAAACGAUAGCUCCGCCCAUGCUCGUCGUAAUUGGCAGCGGGCUGUCAGUGUCGCCAAACGGGCGGGUGGUGACGACGACCUUGACCGGGAAUCCGCUUCGCCCACACGGAAUGAGACGUGGCAGUCUAGCGGUAAACCGGCAGCGCCGGCUCAGCUCGACUUGCCUCCAGGGACAACCGCGAAAAUGAUGGACUUGCAAUACUUCCUCGAGUUGGUAGAUUUGAAGCACCGUCAUGGCAGCAACCUUCGUGUUUACCACUCACACUGGAAGAAUUCGACUACCGCACAGAACUUUUUCUUUUGGCUGGACUAUGGCGAAGGAAAGGACCUUGACCUUCCUCAAUGUCCGCGCGACAAACUCGAGCGGCAACAAGUGCGCUACCUCUCACGCGAAGAACGAAUGAAUUAUCUGGUCACUGUAGACGAAGCUGGGCUAUUCCGAUGGGCGAAGAAUAAUGAGCGCGUCUGGACAGACAAUAGACGGUUCAAGGACAGCUUGAAGGGGGUAGUGCAUAUCGACGAGGAUGCACCGCAGUUCCAAGGGAAUACCGAAGCGGGCGACCCGGACGCUUUCUGGACCAGUUCCUCUUCGUCUGUCUCAUCACUUUCCUCGUCAGAUUACGAUUCAGAUAGUGACACGUGCGCGAGCAGAACGAAGGAAACGUAUGUGAACGAAGACUAUAAAGCAGUCAAGAAGUUGAAAAAGGUUGUGCAUGUCAGUCCGUCGACAGUUCUCAGCAGUAUAACGGGGAAGUCGUUGAAGAAGGAAGACAUGUGGAUAUUCGUAGCCGAUACCUCCCUCCGCUUGUAUAUCGGGAUCAAACAGUCAGGUGCAUUUCAGCAUUCGUCAUUUCUUCGAGGGGCUCGCAUUGCCGCUGCAGGUCUAAUCAAGGUCAGGGAUGGCCAGCUUCGUAGCUUAGCACCAUUGAGUGGCCAUUACCGUCCUCCUGCAGCUAACUUUCGUGCCUUCAUCCACUCCCUCCAAGAAAGAGGGGUUGACAUGUCUCAUGUUUCCAUUAGCAAGUCCUACGCCGUCCUCGCAGGCAUCGAGGGAUACACCCGCACAAAACACAAAGUCCGUGCGUUGCAUGAGAAAGUUGACGAUAUGAAGCAAAAAGUCCUGCAAGCCCAUCACAAUGGGGAGAAGGGUCAAACUCCUGCCUGCCCUCAAAAUGAAGGCGAUUCUAGUCCCAAACCGCUUGUAGAUGACAAACAAAGCAAAAUCGAGAAAGCGAACCUCGAGUUACCCCUGCGCACAAGGUCCAGAAUUGAAGCAAAGUGA